ACAUGUGAUCACGGAGGUGAAUCUGACCCAUAUGGGUCUAGCAGGAACACUGAAUGCUCUCAACUUCUCCGCCCUGUCAUCACUUACCAGUCUCAACCUCACGUUCAACGAGCUCUAUGGAAGCAUCCCUCCCACCAUAUCUGCUCUUUCGAAACUCACCUCUCUUGAUCUCUGCACUAAUAACUUUACAGGAACAAUUCCACUACAGAUCAGCUCUCUGACAAAGCUCAACUCCUUCAAUCUUAGUGAGAAUCAGAUAAGCGGUUCCAUCCCUCCUUGGAUAAGUAAUAUGACAAGGCUUAACUUCUUAUACCUACACCGAAAUAACCUUUCAGGUACCAUCCCUAAGGAAUUAGGAAGGCUUAGGAAUCUCUUGGAGUUGAAAAUCUACACCAACCAUAUAACAGGUUCCAUCCCUCCCACUUUGGGAAAUUUAACCCGGCUUCAAUUAUUGAAUUGCUACAACAAUGGGAUAACUGGCUCCAUCCCUCCUAAAUUAGGGAAUCUCGUAAACUUGGUUUAUUUAAGCAUGGGUAAUAACAGUCUGACAGGUUUCAUCCCUCUUAGCUUGGGAAACUUGACCAAGCUUAACUGGUUCUUUCUUUGGGGUAAUCAUCUCUCAAGCUCCAUUCCUUCUGAAAUAGGAAAUCUAGCAGAGUUAACUAAGCUAGAACUCUCACAAAACAAUUUAACAGGUUCCAUCCCCAGUUGGUUAGGAAAUUUGACCAAGCUUAAUAUUUUGUACCUUUGGGAUAAUCAUCUCUUUGGAUCAAUUCCUCAUGAAAUAGGAAAUCUAGUGAAGUUAACUGGGCUAUCACUCCGACAAAAUAGUUUAGCAGGUUCCAUCCCCACUAGCUUAGGAAAUUUAACCAAGCUUGAGUUCUUGUACCUAUUUGAAAAUCAGAUCUCUGGACCAAUUCCUCAUGAAAUACAAAAUUUGGUAAGCUUGACAGAUUUGAAAAUCAAUAACAACCUUUUAGAUGGUUCAAUCCCUACUAGUAUCAAAAAUUUAACCAAGCUUGAAACCUUGUGCCUCUUUGAAAAUCAGAUCUCUGGAUCAAUUCCUCAUGAAAUACAAAAUCUGGUAAGCUUGAGAGAUUUGAAAAUAUAUACCAACCUUUUAGAUGGUUCAAUCCCUGCUAGUAUCGGAAAUUUAACCAAGCUUGAAAUCUUGUCCCUCCAUGAAAAUCAAAUCUCUGGCUCGAUCCCUCCAUCUUUUGGAAGCUUAACCAACCUUAAUGAUUUGCGCUUAUUCAACAAUCGACUAUCUGGUUCUUUGCCUCAGGAAUUUAACAAUAUUACAAAUUUGAAAUUUUUUGAGUUGUCGAACAACAGUUUUUCUGGCCAUUUACCCCAUGACAUAUGCAAAGGAGGAGUUCUAUAUCAUCUCUCUUUGAGCAACAACCAUUUUGAAGGUCCGAUUCCCAAAAGCUUGAAAAAUUGUACAAGCCUAGGCAGAGUCCGACUUGAGCAGAACCAACUAUCCGGAGAUAUAUCUGAAAAUCUUGGAGUGUAUCCACAUCUAUGGUACAUCGAUUUAAGCUUCAACAGACUAUCUGGUAAUCUCUCACCAAAUUGGGGUGGAUGUUAUAAUUUGUCGCUCUUAAGAAUCUCCAGCAACAAGGUUACAGGAAGCAUACCAGUAGAACUCGGAAAUUUGACUCAACUACGAAAACUUGACCUUUCCUCAAAUUAUCUAUCAGGAGAGAUUCCGAAGGAUCUGAGCAAGUUAACUAAUCUAUAUAACUUGACUUUGAGCAACAACCAACUUGUUGGAGAAGUAUAUCCAGAAUUCGGGGAACUAUGUAAUUUGGAGAUUCUUGAUCUGUCAGCAAAUCAACUAAGAGGAAGGGUACCAGAACAAUUAGGUAACUGCAUGAAACUUUAUUCACUAAAGCUUGGAAACAAUCAUUUUAAUGGAAGCAUUCCCUUUCAAAUUGGAAAUCUAGUAAACCUGCAAGUCUUCCUGGAUCUAAGCCACAACUCAUUCACUGGAGAGAUACCAUCACAAUUUGGCAAACUGGAUAAGCUAGAAGUUCUGAACCUAUCACACAAUGAGUUGACUGGUUAUGUUCCAUCUUCUCUGAGUGAUAUGAUAAGCUUGUCAUCUGUAGACUUAUCAUACAAUGAAUUAGAAGGCCCACUGCCCAACAACAUAAUUUUCCAGAAUGCACCAGUGGAGUGGUUCACCCACAACAAGGGCUUGUGUGGUGCAGUGAAAGGUUUGCCUUCAUGUGGCUCGUUUACAACCAGCAAAGAUGAUUCAUAUAAGCACCACAAACUUCUCUUGUUAAUUAUUGUUCCUAGUCUCUUAUUUCUAUUUAUUGUAUUUGCUUUAAUAUUUAUGAGAAGGAAGAAAUAUACAAGAAAUGAUGCAAGUAUUGAAGUAGGUGUAUUCUCUAUUUGGAACUUCAAUGGAGAAGACACAUACAAUGACAUCAUUCAAGCAACAGAGGAUUUUGAUGCCAAGUACUGCAUUGGCACUGGAGCAUUUUCCAAUGUUUACAAAGCAUUGCUGCCAAGCGGCAAGUUGGUAGCUGUGAAGAAAUUUCAUCCAUUAGAAAUUGAAGACUCACCAAGCAAGCAAACUUUUUGGAACGAAAUACGGGCACUAACCCAGAUCCAACAUCGGAAUAUUGUGAAGCUUUAUGGUUUUUGCUCCAGUGCUCAGCAUAAGUUUCUCAUUUGUGAAUACAUGGAGAGAGGAAGCUUGGCAAAUAUUCUCCGAAGUGAAGGUGCCACUGAAUUGGAUUGGUCUAAGAGAGUGGAUGCUGUAAAACAUAUUGCUCAUGCUCUAUCAUACAUGCACCAUGAUUGCGCUCCGCCAUUAGUGCACCGAGACAUAACAAGCAAUAAUAUUCUACUUGAUUCAGAAUACAAGGCUUGUAUUUCGGACUUCGGUAUUGCUAGACUUGUAAAGCCUGAUUCAUCUAAUUGGAGUAUGCUUGCAGGCACACGAGGAUAUUUGGCCCCAGGUAUGCUGCAAUUCCAUUUUUGUAAUGUAAGAACAAUGGCCUUACAAAUUUGUUUAUCUUUUUUAAAACAUUGUUCAAGAUAUGUUAAGAGCAUCCUUAGGUUUACCUCUAUAGAAAAAAAAGGUAUAACAUAGCUAUGACUAUGGUAACUUAUCAAUGCAUUACACA